AUGGCCAACCUUUCUAUACAAAAUAUUCUCGAUUCCACCAAAAAGUUUUCAAAUAUCACUACUGAAAGCGAGACAAAACUAAACUUUGCCGUAGAUGCUACAGUACUCAAUAUCAUCCUCACCAUCAUUUUUAACAUGGUUGUCUGUCCUUUUACCGUCCUGCUCAACAUGAUGGUGAUCAUAGCCGUGAAGCGAAGACCGAGACUUCAGAACUAUGCCAACAUUUUACUGGCCUGUCUAGCUGUUACCGACGCACUGACUGGUCUCACAACGCAGCCACUGUAUAGCUUGUGGAAAAUAUUACAGUUGCUAGAAAUGAAAACCCACGAAACGAUCGGAUUUUUAUACACCAUCGUUCUCCGUGCCUUGUCUCUUUGUUCGUCUCUUCAUCUGGUGUUAGUUACUAGCGAGAGGCUCAUAGCGAUCCGAUUCACCCAGCGUUACGCUAGCAUAGUUACAAGAAGAAACAUUAGAGCAGCUGUUAUCGCUUCCUGGGUCGUUUCUACCUCCUACGCUGCACUUGGGGAGCCACGAAACACAAGCAAGGCAUCGCUGUUAAAUUUAUUAGCAGCUUUAAUCGUUGUUUCGUGCGUUAUUUUCAUGGCAUUUGCUUAUGUAAUUUUGUUUCGCGAGACACGCCGCCAUGUUAAGAUGAUCAAAGCUCACCAAUUACCUCAAGAAGAAGUGCACAGAUUCAACAAAGAGAAAAAAGCUCUCAAAACAACCGUUUUGGUAGUCAGUGCAGUGUUUGUAUGUUUUUUGCCCAUGGCUGCUGCAACGGUGACGGUUUUUGUGUUGAAAAAGAUGAACAUUUUUCACCAAGGUUUGAUUGCUGACUGCCUGCCGUGUAUUUGGGUCCGCACGUUUAUUAUGUUUAACUCUGUUGUUAAUCCACUUAUUUACUGUUGGCGUCAAAAAGAGAUGAGAAAGUUUGUUUUUCGACUUACUUCUCCAGCCGUUGGACCCGAGUAG